CUAAGAUACCACAUUUUUAUCCUCGGCCCUUUUGGUGUCUCCUCGUCCGUUUGACUUCUCUGAGAUGCCAGUCGUAUAAUGGGAAAACGUAAGCGCAACUCUGUGAACCCGUUCAAGAAGGAGAAGGAGCGGGCUAGCAAGAAGGGGAACCCCAUCUACCGCGUGGCCGGCGCCGGCCUCAAGGCCAAGUCCGGCUCCAGGAAGGAGGUGAACCUUCACAACCAGGCUCUCGUCGAGGCCUUAGACAAGCAGCUGGGAGAGCAGCAGAAGGAGCUGGCCCUCAAGAAGCCAGCGGAGAAGAAGCCGACGGACGUACCCAAGAAGCCAGCGAAGGCCUCCGCUGCGCUGCCGGAAGAGAAGUCGGUGGACGAGCGCGUCGACGAUCUCUCCGAGUCGCUGAUGCUGUCGUAACACCGGCUGCACUAGCCAGCGAGCACCUAUCGUAGUCAGCACACCGGUAGGCGCCGCCGCGAAGGCAACCCGUCCUGCGCUUCAACUCUGCCGGCGUUGCGCCGUUGCACCGAAUCUGCGUCUCAGCAGCCGCCCGCCG